AUGAAAUCUAUAAUAGCCAAUAGUUCCAUCGAUGAUGACACAAGUAAGAUACAUCUCAAUUCUCUUGUAGUAGAACCUUCGACAAUACAGCUAAAGGACACUCGCACAAUACAUAUGGACAUAAAUUUCCUGAUCUGGUUGAACUUGCAUUAUGACGAAUCAAGCGACGACUAUCAAAACUCGAUUGUCUCUCUUCGGCAUGCUAAUAAAACCGUCAAGAUAUUUAAAAAUGCCGAUCAAUGUAUUGAUUUUCUCACAGACAUGAAAACUGAGAAAGUAUUUCUGAUUGUACCAAAUUCUAUCAAUGAAAUCUUAGUACCACUUAUUCACGAAGUGUCUCAACUCAAUUCGAUAUAUAUCUUGUGCACUAAUCCACAGUAUACACAAUCGAUCAAAUCUUGGUCAAAAGUACGGGGUAUUUUCACAAAAAUUGAUACAAUUUGUCAGUUAGUUAAACAAGAUGUAAAUCGCAUCGAUCAUGACUCCAUUUCCUUCAGUUUUAUAUCAUCAAAUGAUGUAGCAAAUCAAAAUUUAAAUGAACUGGAUGUGUCUUUUAUGUACACACAAAUAUUGAAAGAAAUUCUCCUUGAAAUUGAAUAUAAUGAUCAAUCUUUUAGAGAACUGAUCGACUACCUUCGUGAAUUGUUUGAUGAAAAUGAUCCAGAAAUGCAACUUAUUGCUAAGUUUGAAAAAGAUUAUUACUCUCAAACACCCAUUUGGUGGUACACAUACCCAUGUUUCAUUUACUCUAUAUUGAAUCAAGCACUACGCACCCACGAAACGCAUACAAUUAUCAAGAUGGGCAUUUUUAUUCGAGAUCUCCAUCGACAAAUUGAGCAACUUCAUUUGGAUCAAUCAGCUGAUGAACAGAUGCAAUCAUUCAUUGUUUAUCGAAGUCAAGGUUUAUCGAAAUCUGAUUUUGAUAAAAUGAUGAAAACAAAAGGUGGACUUAUGUCGUUUAAUAGUUUUUUGUCAACAAGUAAAGAACGAGAUGUUGCUCUCGUUAUGGCUGACAGUAAUGGACUUAAUGAACAUUCAAUUGGAAUCCUUUUUGAAAUAACUGUUCAUCGAUCAAUUUCAUCAUCUCCUUUUGCCAGUCUUGAUAAUAUCAGUUACUUUAAUCAGCUAGAACAGGAAAUUCUCUUUUCAAUGCAUACUGUUUUUCGUAUCGUUGAAAUCGAACAAAUGGAUGAUACAAAUCAUAUCUGGCAAGUGAAAUUAACAUUAACUGAUGACACUGAUCAGCUGCUUACUUGUCUUACCGAAUAUAUGCGAUACGAAACUCGAGGAUCGACAGGAAGAGAUCGAUUGGGACACUUAUUACUUAAAUUAGACGAGUAUGACGCAGCUGAAGCCGUGUAUCGAGUUUUACUAGAUCAACCGUUGGAUGAUGGAGAGAGAGCACAUUUCUAUUUUAUGUUAGGACACAUAAAAAAUGAUCAAAAAAAUCCUAAAGAGGCGCUUUCUCUGUGUGAAAAGUCUCUGGAAAUAUAUGAGCAAAUUCGCUCUCCAAAUCAUCUUGAUAUUGCCAGCUGCUAUCACCUCAUUGGACGCUGCUACAAACUUAUGCACGAUUACAAAAAUGCGAUUUUAUUUUUGGAAAAAGCUCAUGAAAUUGCCAAAAUAAAAUUUCCUCCAUAUGAUCAUGGUUUACUCAACUCCUUUAUAUCCAUGGGUUCUCUGUAUGAAAGCAUGAAUAAUGAGACUAAAGCACUUUGGUUUUACGAGGAAGCACUUAAAAUUGGGAAAAAUAAUUUUCCUCCUAACCAUCCUUCGAUUGCUGUUAUUUAUAACAAUAUCGCUCAUGUAUACUCAAAGCUACACGAGAACUCGAAAGCAAUUUUGUUUACUCAAAAAGCUUUCGAAAUUAAACAGAAAAGUCUUCUUUCUAAUGAUUCAUCCUUUUCCAAGCUAUACGGUCGACUUGGUACAAUAUAUCAGGAAACUGGUCAUUACUCGAAAGCACUUUAUUUUUACGAUCAAGAACGCCAACAAGAACAAAAAACUCCACGUGUAAAUCACUAUCAUUUAUAUGCUAUUAAUUUCUGCAUUGGAACAGUAUAUUAUCAAAUGUGUGAAUACUCGAAAGCAAUUUCAACUUACGAAAUAGCUAUAGAACACUACAAAAAAUUGAAUCAAUCGGAUGAUGAAGACUUAGCUAAUAUCUUUAUGGCAAUUGGCACUACAUAUAAUGAUAUGGGCGAACACGCGAGCGCAAUAAUAUUUUAUGAAAAAGUCCUUAAAAUACAACAGCAAUACCUUCCACCAAACCAUUCAAAGUUAGGUAAUAUGUAUAAUAAGAUUGGUUUGAUAUAUUGCCACAAAGAAAAGUAUACCACGGCACUUUCAUAUCUUGAAAAAUUUCUUGAUAUACAACAGCAAACAUAUCCUUUGAAUCAUUCAGAAUUAUCUGCUGCUUAUAACAAUAUUAGUGGAAUAUACUGUAAAAUGGGAGACUUUUCUAAAGCACUUUUUUUUAUUGAGAAAGCGUUAGAAACUAGUGAAUAUUACUCUUCUUCUAAUGAUGAAAAUUUUCCUAUUCUCUACAAUACUCUUGGCUCCAUCUAUUCCAAUAUGUAUGAUUAUCCGAAAGCACUUUCAUAUUAUGAACUUGCUCUUGAUAUUGCAAAAAAUAUAUUACCAUUAGAUCAUCAUCAUGUUCAACUGCUUCAAAAAAAUAUUAAAUUAUUGAAAAAGAAAAUGUUAUUAUAA